AUGGCUGCUAUACCUUUACAAGCUCGUGCACAGGGUAUUACCUUCGAUGAAUUUGGGAGACCGUUUAUAAUCCUCAAGGAACAAGACAGGCAAACAAGGUUGACAGGCUUGGAUGCACAAAAGGUAGAACGACUUCAAUUUUUCUCGUUGAUCGAUUAAAUCCCAAUUUUUCCUUCCUCGUGGGUUAAGUUCUUUUAUUUGCAUUUUUUUUUCAUAGUCGCACAUUUUAGCAGCCAAAGCCGUUGCCAAUAUUUUAAAGACUUCUCUUGGUCCGAAAGGUAAGUUUGCACGAGUUUAUCUUGUCAAAAGUGAGGUCAUUGAUUAUAGUGAGGUUAACUUAUCAUCUACUAUAUAUACUUGGCCUAAACGUUUUUGUUACUUAAGUAUUUCAAAUUUGAUAUUACUAUAGACUUGCUUUUAAAACUGCUUGCGUCCGUGCUGCCUAAUAUUAAAAAAAUGUUAAGCUUAAUAUGUUUUGUGUAUCAUGUAUUGUACACACUAUCACUGUACAUAUCGCAGUUUUCAAAACAGUAACAGAUUUUCUCAACUUAACUUAUGCAUGGGAUAUGUAACCAAUAGAAAACGUUUUCUGUGUUUGUAUAGCCAGAUAUAAACACGAAAAGGGUUGGGAGAAUUCGCAAACCCAAGACGAAGUCGAGGGUUUGCAUAAUCGUCGAGACUUCUCGCAACCCCUUACAAGAGAAAUUCUCACCAGUCGCAAAGUCUUAAGGUGAUGUUACAUGGGACGAUUCGCAAUGACGAUUUUUAGCGCAACACAGCGUGGCAAUGUUGGAACAAUGUUGUAACCAUUCAAAACAAUGCCGCAACAAUGUUGUAACGCUGUGUUGCGCCAAAUAUUGUCAUUGCGAAUCGCCGCGUGUAACAUCACCUUUAUACGCUAAGUCUUGAACAUGUAAUCAGUUCUUGUUUCACAAAAAGAUGCUUUCCAAAAUACGGAUUUUUCUCACUUAAAAUUUCAGCUUAACCCAUUCGCCCCUGAACCGCCCGUAACCGCCCGUGCGGAUCCAGGUCCUUUCUACCCUUUGUGACGUCAUCAGCUUUAACGGUCAAGGACAACUUUCUUCGCUAACUUGUGCAAAGUGAAGAGAUCUUUCAAACCAUACCAGAAUGAGCACAAUUCAGUCAAGGAAACUGGAGAAAGAAGCAAAAAACCACGUGACAUGGACCUGAAAAUCUCCAUGAAAAUCUUGUUCCAUUGCCCACCUACCUUUCCUUUCACCUAAUCCUAAGAUCCUAAAACCUUUCCUAAAAACUAUUCCCACCAAAAUGAAGCCUACUAAAUGCCCAGCAAGAGAAAAAAAAAUGAGGCAAGAAAAGCGAAAAAAGAAGGGAGAAGAGAAAGCGAAAAGUAAAAGUCAAGACUGCUGUGUCACUUUUAAACCCAAAAACUAUCUCGAAAUUUUGCUUUCUGCGCAUGCCCGAACUUCGCAAGCUGAUAUUUUGCAUCUGGGUCAGAAGGCCGUGAAGUGUACGACCUGUAAACCGGUUUGUGGUAAGUUUUAGCUCUUUAUAGCAUGACAGUGACCAGAAAACCACUCGACUAGCUUCAAAACGCGUUUUUCGGCAAAAUCUCCAGGAGCGAAUGGGUUAAGCAAAAAAAAUUGACACAGCUUGUUUGUAAAGAUUUUCCAAGUUUCAGCUGAUGAAAGAAUUGGUAAAUAAAGUAAAAUUGUCGAGGUUUGAACUCAAAAACUUUUUUCAAAUUUGUGCUUGUGUGAUUAGUGCACGAAAAGCAAAACAUCUUGAUGUCACAACCAUGUUUACAUACUCUCAAGCAAACACUCCUCUCAGCCAAUCAGAGCGCGCAUACUAUCUUAGUUAUUUUAUAGCGAGUACCCCUUUACUCCUUUACCUAUAAAUGCCCAUUUGCAAUGUUGAGGUUGUAGACAUAGCCUGCGCUCAAGGUGGAACUAAACUUUUGGUGAUGUCCGUCUGUGAAACACUGCUGGAAUCCUUUUCUGGCCCCCCCCCCCUGCAUGUCAGGAUUUUCAAGAACAUGCCAUUUUUGUUUUGUUUUUUUUGUUGAUUGCUCCACAAUCUACUGCCAGUUAAGUAAUGUCUGUGAAGCAGCUCUGAGAUCCUUUUUCUAGGCCCCAAUGGACUCAACAAACUGGACUGUGAUGCAGGCUAGUGUAGACAGAGCUACAAAUAAUUUUUCUUCCUUGGAAGUGUGAGACACAGGUUAUUAUUGUGAUUAUCAUUAUCAUUUGAACUGUUUGCAUCAUGCAUGCUGAUAUCAAAUAAUUGCCUCUAGGUAUGGACAAGAUGAUGGUGAGUCCUGAUGGCGAUGUUACUGUUACUAAUGAUGGUGCAACCAUAUUGGAUAUGAUGCAAGUUGAACAUCAAAUAGCCAAGCUGAUGGUGGACUUGUCAAAAUCACAGGAUGAUGAAAUUGGUGAUGGAACCACAGGAGUAGUAGGUCAGGCAACCGUCUUAUUAGUGUACUGGUCAUAAACUGCUAGAACUCCUGGAACCCUUUACUGAGACAAGUAUUAACAGCAUGCAAAGAAAGCAGUGUUCAAUAGCCUGGGGCUAGUGGAUUUUGCAAUCGGGCUGGUGAAUUCUGUUAUUAACUUGGCCGACGGGCAAGUGAAGUUUUUUGAGGAAUUCAAAUUACAGAAAAACUGUGAAAUCAAUCUGCUCGUCAAAACGUUUUGGGGGCUAGUUGAAAUGAUGUUUGGGCUAGUAAAUGUUAGCUUCAGCUUGCCUGAAUGGCGAGCUGUAAAAAUGACUUUCUUUGCACCCUGAUUAAGGACAAAUCAGUGCAUCUUUCUGUUGUUGAAUCCUCUCAACUACAUACUGCUUUUCACAGCAUAAAGUUAUAAAUGCUGUUGAACAAAUCUCAAAUGCACAAGGGUAUACAAAAUUCACUAAAAAAAGACUUAAGAGAAAAUGGGUUCCACUACAGAAACCAUGAAAAAUUGAGCGAAAGGUUUUUAAAACCAUUAUUUGAGAACAAGCCCAGGUGCAUUGCAUUCAGCAAACCCUAAAAAUAUGUAAUCAAUGACCCCAAAAUUAUAAAAAUGCAAGGAAAUAUAAAUGUGAAAAAUGUUUAAUGACUCAAAAAUGGCAUUAACAUUAAUUUUAAAGGCUAUUAAACAGAGGUCAAUGGCAUAAGCAAAUGCAACAUGUAUAACAAAAGACAUCAGAACAUACUGAUGUCAAAUACUAUCUCAUGCCCCAUAAAGAAAGAACCAUAAAAGGCUGUUUCAAAAUGCUGCAACACAAAGCUCAAGUGCAUGCCAUGAGCAACAUGACAAAGGAACGCUAUACUUUGUGGCAGUAACCAUCUCAUGUGAAAUCAGGAUGGCAUUGAAGAAAAACAAACUGCUUUAUAUAGCUUGUGUGAAUAAGCAAUCAAAGCAAACAAUAUAAUAUGGAAACUUUAUAAUACUGACACAAGGAAAAAUUACUGCCAAAACAAUUUCAUGCUGCACAAAAACAGCAGUAAAAAUAAUUAACAGCAUUUUCAUGCAAUAGUGACACCAAAAAAAUGUAACUGAAGCAGUAAAACAAUUUUAAAAAAACCUUAUGGAAGGUCAAAUAGACAGCAAAUGAAUAUCCAGAAAACAUUCAUGUUUAAAAAAAAGGGAAACUCGAGAAAGAAGAAACAAAUUGAAAAAAUGCAAAGCUAUGAAGCAUCCAAAUGAGGUUAACCAUACAUAAAAUUAGAAGGUUGCCAUUUUCACCAGGAGGAAAGUCUUCAUAGCUAUAACAAAGAAAGGUCCUGCUCUUGGAGUUCAAAGAGGCAGAAACUUUGCCAAGGAAACUAUGUAUAAGCUCUUUUAAAUAAUGUUUUUGUUUGUGCAAGUGUGUGUGUGGUUGUGUAUGGCCUUUGUUUUCAAAAUUAAAACAAUAGUUGGACUCUAAAGUACACUUCAAAGUCUUCAAAAACAGAGAGAUAUUGAGGAGAGUAUACUGUUAAAUAUUAUUAUUUGCACAUAUGGCUGUAAGAUUAAACUGGGCAGAGGUGUGUUCCUUGCUCAAUUCCCCUUGUGGCUUAUGCACCACAACCGAAGUGUUUUUGCACCUCAAGAAAUCAUCUGCACUGCAAGCUACUGACCUGCCAAUCAUCCUGUUUACAGUCCUCGCUGGAGCGCUUCUUGAUCAAGCUGAACAACUGUUGGACUGGGGAAUACAUCCAAUACGAAUAGCUGAUGGUUAUGAACUAGCAGCAAAGAUAGCUAAUGAACAGCUGGAUAAGAUAUGUGACAGCUUCCCGGUUGACAGAAAUAGUCCCGAAUCCUUGAUUCAGACAGCCAUGACUACCUUGGGUUCCAAAAUGUAAGUACAAAAGGUACUCCCGCUAACUCGAACUAAGUCCAAUUUCCCUUGUAUUUCACCCCACUUUGCAGUCAUUUUUACUUAGUUAACUCAAACUUGGAUAACUCAAGUAAUUUCCCCGCUAUAUUGAACUAAAAUUCCUUUCCCUUGAUAAAAAAGGCACUGAAAUUUACCCCAGUAACUCAAAUUGUUGUUCUUUUAACUCUACGCAGAUGCCACUCCAUCAACUCUUUUUGUUAUAUAUAGGGGUGAAGACACUAGAACUGACACUGAUCACUACUAAAGGCAAUUUGAUUUUAAUUGGUGAAAUGAACAGAUCAUGUUUCAUCAUAAAAAUGCCUAAUUAUGUUACUGUUUCUAAUAAGGGGCUGAGAAAUCAGUAACUAUCAAUUUUUAACAUGGAAAUUGAAUUUUUCAAUUGACCUCUAAAACUUGAACUCUUGCUAACUCGAACAGUCUGUUUUUUGUUUCCCUUCAGAGUUUGACUUACAAGGGUUCUACUGUAUGUAGCAAGGUUCUACUGCAUGUAGCAUGUUGACCUUACAACUGAUUAAUAAUUUGCUGCUCUUGGUAUAUAUUAGUGUCAGCCGAUGCCACAGACAGUUGGCAGAGAUUGCAGUGGAAGCUGUACUGUCUGUUGCUGACUUGGAGAGAAAAGAUGUUGACUUUGAACUUAUCAAGAUGCAAGGCAAGGAAGGUGGCAGGCUAGAUGACACUAUGUUGGUCAAAGGAGUAGUUGUUGAUAAAGAUAUGAGCCAUCCGCAGAUGCCAAAGGUAUGACAACAAAUGUUUCUUGCAAUAGGUUUUAUUUUCCCUCUAAAUGUUGCCACUCUAUUUCUGUGAAACUUGGAAAACUGUGAACACAUGAAAAAUUUCAGGACUGUUGAUUGUGUGGUGACCAAUCACAAUAAUAUUCAGGACACGCGAGCAAACCCCGAAACCACUAACUAAUUACCGUUGCUGUUUGCAGUUUAGUUUUCCCAUGCCUUAUUGGCUAUUUCCUCACAACACAAUAAUAUUCCAUAAAUAUUUGUGGUGUUCAUGGUUUUGUGAGUUUCACAGUGAGCAGUCUUGUAAUAAUACAGUGUAUUGGUUCUGUUUCAAUCUUAAUUCUUUAUAAUAUAUAUCCACUUUUUUCUGGCAUACAGGUUAUUAAAGAUGCAAAACUUGCCAUCUUGACCUGUCCAUUUGAGCCUCCCAAGCCCAAGACUAAACACAAGCUUGAUGUAACAUCAGUUGAAGACUACCAAAAGCUGCGUGAAUAUGAAAAGGAGAAGUUUGAAGAGAUGGUAAAACAGGUCAAGGAUACUGGUGCUAAUUUGGCCAUCUGUCAGUGGGGAUUUGAUGAUGAAGCCAACCAUCUUUUGCUGCAGAAUGAAUUGCCUGCUGUUAGAUGGGUUGGAGGACCUGAAAUUGAGGUAAUUUGUAGACAGCUAGCCUUUUGACUCUUUUAAAGUUGAAAAAAAGAAAGUCUGAGGGAUUUUUCUGAUCUACAUAUACUUGUACAUCUCACCCAUUCCGUUGCACCCAGCCAGCCAGUGUUAAAGCCUGGGGCCUGUUUUUCGAAAGUCCCGGUAACUUUUCAACUCGGAAAUCAAGUAUUCAAAUGAAAAUGUACAUAAGAGAAUAAGAGCACAGGUCCUAGCUAACAAACCACCUCCUUUUGUUUUCUUAACUGAUAGUUUUAUCAUGUUAGUUGCAACUAUUGAAACCCCUGUCUUGAAUGUUAAUGACAACAGCUUUCUUGGCCUUUUAAUUAAACUAAAAGUAAUAUUCCCUUGGCUAAUAAAGUUCUUUCACAGCCCUUUAGUUUUAGCAUCAUGGUUUUGGUUGUGAAAUACAGUGAUUCUCUAUUCUUUUUGUAGCUCAUUGCUAUUGCAACUGGUGGAAGAAUUGUGCCAAGAUUUUCUGAACUUACAACAGAGAAGCUUGGAAAGGCUGGACUGGUAAAGGAGCUAAGCUUUGGAACUACCAAAGAUAGAAUGUUAGUUAUUGAAGAAUGUCACAACUCACGAGCUGUAACCAUCUUUAUCCGAGGAGGAAACAAAAUGGUAAGCACAGCUUUGUAUAGCCUGAGAAAACAGCUGAUAUUUUGUGAUGCCACCAGUGGUUUCCCUGUGAAAUGAUGUCAGAGAAACGAGCGCAGAAAUUCCAUACUGAUAACCUGUUGCUACCCAGAUAUUGGUAGUGCUUCUGAUCGGGUCAAGCAAAUUUUCUCAGGCUAACCUUUUACACCUGCUCCAAUAUUUCUUAAUUGAACUCAUUUUACUAACUUACUGUUAACCCUUUAAGUACCAAUAGUGACCAACAUUAAUUUUCUCCUAACGAUAUCCAUACAAUGUCAAGAGAUUAGGUUAUGAGAAUUAAUUACAUGAUCACCAAAGAGAAAAUGCUUUGAUCUUUUAUGAAAUUCUCUCAACUUAUUCUUUAAAGAAAUGUAUAGAGAUCAGUUUGGAGAAUUUGCUUGUGGAUAUUGGGGCUUAAAGGGUUAAUGUAAUCUUGAGGACAGUAUUCUCACUUUUGGAGCACAAUAAUUUUACCUGCAGUGGCUCAUCCCAUUUUCUUGAAAUUGUGUUUAAUGUCAGAUUAUAGAAGAGGCGAAAAGAAGUCUUCAUGAUGCACUUUGUGUUGUAAGAAAUCUUGUUCGUGAUAACCGUGUUGUAUAUGGUGGUGGGGCUACAGAACUGGCCUGCUCGCUAGCUGUCACCAAAGAGGCUGACAAGGUAACAAGCUCGUUCAACUAAUUAGGAGUAUACUAUAACAAUCAUUCAACUGCACUUUACACUUGGCUAUGUGUAGCCUGACCCCCACCUAGAAGAAGGAAAAAAGUCUUUUCUCUCAGAGGGUGUGGUCACAUGUGGGCAAAUUUUACUGGGGAGAGAUCGAGAGAAAAAAUGUUUGUUUAAGACCUUGUUUUUGUUGUUUGUUGUUGUUGUUGUUGUUGUUGUUGUAUUGCCUGUUAGGGUUGGGCAGGAUGGGGAGGGGGGGGGGUGGGUGGGUGGACUUGGGCCGCAAACCGAUGAAGACAUUGCUAAGAAGUCAACAUGACCCAAAUGUUUUGCUUUGUAAUGAGACUCCACUGACAUCUCUCUUAUCAGAAGUCAAUUCUUCUGAGCGUUGUCCCUUUACUUAUUUAACAGUAACAUUUUAAUAAAUCCAAUCAGUUCAUCUGAGUAAUGGAUUUUUCUUGUCUAGAUAUCCACUUUAGAGCAGUAUGCCAUGAGAGCAUUCAGUGAUGCACUGGAAGCUAUACCACUGGCACUAGCAGAGAACUCAGGGUUAAAUCCUAUUCAAACUGUAGCAGACAUUAAAUCCAGACAAGUUGCUGAAGGCAAUCCUAGAUUGGGAGUGGACUGUAUGGACAGAGGAAUCAAUGGUAAGAUCAUUCGUCCCUUUCAAGUCCGUGCUGUAAAUGUGACCAACGUCAAUUUUCUCCUAACAAUAUGUACACAUCAUCAACAGAAAAGGUUGUGAGAACUAGUAAAAUAAUCAUCGUGUGAACUUUGAGGAAAUCUUACUUUUUUUACGGAUAGAUGCCUAUAUCAUGAGUGGUUCUUUCAUCGCGUGACAAUAGGGAGCUUACGCAACGAUGACGGUGACAGCAACGAGAACGGCAAAAAGCAAUAGGUUUAUAUUAGCAAAACAACAACUUUGCACGUGCGUCACGCUUUUUUGUACAUUUCUUUGCCGUCGUUACACGACUACGACGUGAAAAUGCCUAAUUUCACGUCUUGUCGAGGACGGGAACACAAGACAACGACUUUCUUUUUCUUUUCUUGAACUUUGAUACAGUCUUUUAGAAUUCAACUACAGAAAAAUUUGCCAACAUUUUUUACGAAUUAAACGAGAUGGAAUAAGCGCGAUAAAGUUUGAGGCAACGCGAGUGUACUUUUUAAGUGUCGUUUUCGUAGCCUUCGGUGACUGUCGUUAUUGCGUAAGCUCCCUAUUACCUGUCAGAGGCUGCUUCUGAGGUGGUAAGGUUCCCCCUUAGUUAGCAAGGCACCAGUUCACAAGCUCAUCAACUGACAAAUAGUUUGAACAAUCAGUAGUCUCACUCUCCCCUCCCAGGAGUUUCUUGAUAAACUCCUGGGAGGGGAGAGUGAAUUUAAGGGAAGUUGCUAAAUUUGUUUUUUUGUUUUUCAGAUAUGAAAGAGCAGCAUGUGAUAGAGACGCUGAUUGGCAAGAAACAACAGAUAAGCUUAGCUACUCAGCUUGUCAAGAUGAUUCUCAAGAUUGAUGAUAUUAGAACACAAGGAGAAGGGUCCUGAUGCGUUAGUUAUUGCGUGACACGGACACAUUACGGAACACUUUGGCGUUACGCAAGGACAGUGUGACUAAACCACAAGUUUAAUUUAUCACAAGACUGAUGUUUCGUGGGCCUGAAUUUUUUUUUUUGAGAAUUAUGACUGAAGUAACCUUCAACAUGGUUUUCUUUUCCCAGAUAAAAAAAGGUAGACAGAGAACUUGCCCUUAUCUCGCAGUUGGAAUUUUUUCCAUCUCGGUUCUCAUAAUCGUUUCACAUGCGGCUGAGAAGUGAGGACAGAAUCGCGUUAAAGACGACGAUUUUAGGGCAAAAAGGACAUUUCCUUUCGCGAGAUUACAAAUUUACUUUUGACUCGCUGGAAGAGGUGGAAAUAGUUCAGCGACAGUGAGUAAAAAUAUUAUAUCAAACAGUGAGAAAGCGUUGUUUAUUUUGCUGCCUAACCCGUCUGAGCCGGCGUUGUAGAGGGGUCCGCCAUAACUACGUUAUUAUAAAGACAAAAAUGUUAUCCUGUCGGCUGUGGGUCCUUUGUGUAUCCUAACGUCUCAUCAAAAACUUGAGAGGGAGUUUUCCACAUCCACAAUUUAGUCAGUAAUGGAAAACGCCAACUCUCUCAGCCCCCGUCUACACCAGUGACUUUUCGUUUGAAAACGCGCACAUUUGGAUGCGUUUAGGCCUUUCGUCUACACUAAAACGCUGAGCGGCAUCGAUUUGAAAAUGUUCGUGAAAGUGGAUCAAAACGAAACCACAUAUCGUAUUAGUGUUGGCAGUCGAAAAACGCACAAAAAUAAAAACAAUGACCGAAAAUAUCGCAGGCGCGUGUGCCUGUCGCAUGCACAUAUGGUUCAACUUACGUCCCAACGUGCAAUUCGUUGUCGAACGUUUUAGCGUGGACAGUCGAAAACGCAGCAAAACGGUAGUGUGGACGCGAAUCGAUCGAUGCGUUGUUGAUGACAACGAAAACGCAUACUUUUGAAAACGCAUUAGUGUGGACAGGGCCUCAGCCCUCAACUGUCAAAUUGAAACAUCUUACCGGGUAAUUGUCCCGCAGCUAAAACCUUCUUUAUAAACUACAGGCGUUCCCUUAUUCAACUACAGAUUGAAUAAGCAAGUCGAACUGAGGAAAAAACAUUUAUGCCAACAAAGCCUUUUAUCACAUUGAAAAUUCUUUCCUGAACGGCUUUUCAAAGAAACUUAAAAUGGGAUCCGAAGUGACGACACAUUCUUGAUGCAUUCUUGAUGUCAGUGUUUUUCGCUCUUCGCACUACAGUAGUACUAUCUGUCUCCGUUGUUAAACCUCUGUUUUUUUAUAGUGUUUUUGCAUGCAACAGUCUUCGUACUAUUUAGUUUACAUUUGUCCGAAACUUACGAAAUGGAGCUGUCACAAAGUGUUGAUCAAUAAAAUACAUUGUACCUUUAUGCUGCCUUAUAGGUAAAUAGAAACAUUAGCUUUUUUCUAAAGUACAUGUUGUUUAUACCGCUCGUGAAGAAUAUUAAUAGCAAAAUUAAUCAACAAACAUGGUUAGCAAGCUGCAGGGGGUAGCUUUUUUUGAGCUCUUUCAUUUGCUUUCAAGAGCUGUUUGAUAUUUUAAACAUGUCAGAAAUUUGUGAGUUUAAUCGUUGGAACUCACGUCAAGGCUCGUGUAUUAAGUCUUCUUUGGAAGGGACUUGAGUGUAACGGAGAAUAUUUUUUUAUGGCUAGUGGAAUAAAAUGAGAAGUC